GUGGGGUGUCGGAGGGCGUGGCCUGUCAGUCAGGGGUUGUGUGCGCUGGAAGGUGGAUGGCUCCUCCGCCAUGAUCCGGUGAGGAGAAGGAUGGCGCCCCGGACUGACCCCUCCUUGUGCCCGGACUCCUCGGGGUGCGCCUGGCCGGGACACUGCCGCCUCUUCCUCGGACUCUUCGCCUUCUCCAUCUCCCUUCACCUCGUCACCAUCUGCGGGUACCUGGAGCUCCGCCGGGAGGUGGGCCGCCUGAGCCGGGAGGGGCCGAGGGGGAGCGGCCUGCAGAGGGACCGCCCACCGGGGGCGGAGCCGAGACAGAUGGCCCCCAUCAUAAACAGCCUGAGCCCUGAAGACCUGUCCUACCUGGAGGAAGGGAACCGACAUCUACGGAGGACGAGGAGGAACAAAGGCAGCGAAGGCUCUGAGAAUCCAAGCGCAGCCAGAAACAAGAAAAAAGGAAAAAAAGUUGGACCACCAGGACCUGUUGGACCGACAGGCCCCACUGGGCCACCUGGACCUCCGGGGCCUCCAGGCCCUCCUGGAAUACCAGGCAUCCCUGGAAUCCCAGGAUCAAAUGCAAUGGGCCCUCCAGGACCCCCUGGGCCACCGGGUCCCCAAGGGCCACCAGGAAAUCAAGGACCUACCGGUCCUACAGAAAGGACCGUCCCUAAAGAGACUCCGCCCGCCGUCGUCCAUCUGCAGGGCCAGGGCUCCGCCAUACAAGUGAAGAAUGAUCUUGCAGGUGGAAUCCUACAUGACUGGUCGUGGACGGCCAUCAAUCACAGGGUGUUCAAGCUGCACACGCGCAGCGGAGAACUGGAGGUGCUGGUGGAUGGUACCUACCUCAUCUAUAGUCAGGUAGAAGUUUACUACAUCAAAUUUACCGAUUUUUCCAGUUACGAGGUGCUGGUGGACGAGAAGCCGUUCCUGCAGUGCACGCGGAGUAUAGAGCCGGGGAAAACCAACUUCAAUACUUGCUACACGGCCGGCGUUUGCCUUUUAAAAGCAAAACAGAAGAUCGCCGUGAAGAUAGUUCAUGCCGACAUCUCCAUCAACAUGAGCAGACAUACGACAUUUUUUGGGGCGAUCCGAUUGGGUGAAGCCCCCGGCUCAUAAACUCCCAUGGAGAGUGGUGAAACUUUUUAUAAAAAAAAAGGUCCAUACAGUGUUACUAUCCCAUUGGAUUGAACAGACGUCGUCCUACUUUUCCCCAUCUGAUAUUGUGGAAAGAUGGAAGAAUACCGCCUUGGGGUUGCCGUAGUGGACAUGAAGAAUCAGCUGGUUCUUGUUUUGGUCACCACACACUGUGGAAUUCUCAUCCUCACGUUAUCAGGGACUUCCCAGCCAGUGUGCCGCCUAGGACGGUCCUACCAGUGUUCUGAAGACCAGUUGGUCCUGAUGUUGCACUAACCAGCGGCUGCCAUGCUGCUGAACAAUUGUUAUUGAGCAGUUGAAAAUACAUAAAAAAAAACGUUCUUCCUAUACCAUAUCGUUUAAGUGAAGAAUAAUAUAUAGGCCUCAGAAAUAACGUUUAUACAAAGUGUAGGGGGCUCAAGUGUAACGAGACACUUGUAUAAAACACCAUCAAGCCUCA